CGAAAAAAGUCGUGCGUUGAAAAGCGUUUUGUGCGUUGGCACGGUGCCAGAUCCGGAAAACGUAGAUCCGGAAAACGUAGAUCCGGAAAACGUAGAUCCGGAAAUGGUAGAUCCGGAAAACGUAGAUCCGGAAUCCCAUCAGAUCUUGAAACCGUGGUGCCUCUUAAAGAGUCGAUUCUUUAAAGGAACACAGACUUUCACACCGUUUAGGUUUCGCCACGCGCCCCAACUACAGUAACCUCGACACACUCAUCUACUAAAUUUUGGGACAGUUCCUAAUUCUUUUUGCUGUUUUCAACUCAAUUUUCUGGAAAAAUCUUAAUUUUCUGCGAAAAUGUCUGAUGGUUGGAGUGAUAGCGAAAGUGCUGCUAAGGCCAAAACUGGAUUCGGUAGUGGAGGCGGUUUCGGUGGUGGUAACAAUGGAGGAUCUGGGUUUGGUGGUGGUAAAAAUGGAGGUACUGGAUUCGGUGGAGGAAACACUGGCGGAUCUGGAUUCGGUGGAGGAAACACUGGCGGAUCUGGAUUCGGUGGAGGAAAGACUGGCGGUUCUGGAUUUGGAGGUGGAAAUACUUGUGGAUCCGGCUUCGGUGGAGGCAGUACAGGAGGAUCGCCGUAUGGAGGAGCCAGUUCUGGAUUCGGUGGUAGUACUGCCACAUCUGGAUUUGGAAGCGGUGAAAAAUCAAGUGCAUUUGGAGGAUCAGGUGGCUUUGGAGGUAGUGCAACUGGAUUCGGAAGUGGAGGAGGAUCCUUUGGAGGUGGCAACUCUGGUUUUGGGGAAGGAGGACAUGGCGGCGGAGAGAGAAACAAUAAUUGUUUCAAUUGCCAACAGCCAGGACAUCGAUCGAGUGACUGUCCAGAGCCGAGAAAGGAAAGAGAGCCGAGAGUGUGCUACAAUUGCCAGCAACCCGGGCACACCUCUCGUGAAUGUACAGAAGAACGCAAGCCGCGUGAGGGUCGCACUGGUGGAUUCGGGGGCGGAGCUGGAUUUGGAAACAAUGGAGGAAAUGACGGUUUCGGUGGGGACGGUGGUUUUGGUGGAGGCGAAGAACGUGGUCCAAUGAAAUGUUUCAACUGUAAAGGCGAGGGACAUCGCUCUGCUGAAUGUCCGGAGCCACCCCGUGGAUGUUUCAAUUGUGGCGAGCAAGGUCAUCGCUCGAAUGAGUGCCCCAAUCCAGCCAAGCCAAGGGAAGGUGUUGAAGGAGAAGGACCUAAGGCGACAUACGUGCCAGUCGAAGACAACAUGGAGGACGUUUUCAACAUGCAGAAAAUUUCGGAAGGCCUUAUGUUCAACAAGUUUUUCGAUGCCGAAGUUAAACUGACUUCAUCCGAGAAGACUGUCGGUAUCAAACCUUGCAAGACAUUCGCGGAAGCUAAUCUCACGGAGACCAUGCAGAAAAACGUUGCUCAUGCUGGAUACUCCAAGACCACUCCAAUUCAGCAAUAUGCUCUUCCACUUGUUCAUCAGGGAUAUGAUAUCAUGGCUUGUGCUCAAACUGGAUCAGGAAAAACCGCUGCAUUCCUUCUGCCUAUCAUGACUCGUCUCAUUGACGAUAAUAAUCUGAACACUGCCGGAGAAGGCGGUUGCUAUCCCCGUUGCAUCAUCUUGACUCCAACUCGCGAACUCGCUGAUCAAAUUUACAACGAGGGAAGAAAGUUUGCUUAUCAAACAAUGAUGGAGAUCAAACCAGUUUACGGAGGAUUGGCUGUCGGUUAUAAUAAGGGUCAGAUCGAAAAGGGAGCCACGAUCAUUGUCGGAACUGUCGGAAGAAUCAAGCACUUCUGUGAAGAGGGUACCAUCAAGCUUGACAAAUGCCGCUUCUUUGUUCUUGACGAGGCUGAUCGUAUGAUCGAUGCUAUGGGAUUCGGAACUGACAUCGAAACUAUUGUCAAUUAUGACAGUAUGCCGAGGAAAGAAAAUCGCCAGACACUCAUGUUCAGUGCCACUUUCCCCGAUUCUGUACAGGAAGCAGCUCGCGCUUUUCUCAGAGAAAACUACGUGAUGAUUGCAAUCGACAAGAUUGGAGCUGCAAACAAGUGCGUCCUACAGGAAUUCGAGAGAUGCGAAAGAAGCGAGAAGAAGGACAAACUUCUAGAGCUUCUGGGAAUCGAUAUCGACAGUUACACGACCGAGAAAAGUGCCGAAGUUUACACAAAGAAAACCAUGGUCUUCGUUUCUCAAAGAGCAAUGGCUGAUACACUGGCUUCAAUUUUGUCAUCGGCUCAAGUUCCAGCUAUCACGAUCCAUGGUGCCCGUGAGCAGAGAGAGCGUUCAGAAGCUUUGAGACAAUUCCGAAAUGGAUCGAAACCUGUUCUUAUUGCUACUGCGGUCGCUGAACGUGGACUUGAUAUCAAAGGAGUGGAUCAUGUCAUCAACUAUGACAUGCCAGACAACAUUGAUGACUAUAUCCAUCGUAUCGGAAGAACUGGAAGAGUUGGAAACUCUGGAAGAGCUACAAGCUUCAUCUCGGAGGAUUGCAGUCUUCUGUCCGAACUUGUUGGUGUUCUCGCCGACGCACAACAGAUUGUUCCAGACUGGAUGCAAGGUGCUGCUGGAGGCAAUUACGGAGCUAGUGGAUUUGGGUCCAGUGUACCAACUCAAGUCCCUCAAGAUGAAGAAGGCUGGUAGAAAACCGACCAAUUGAUAGUGUUUCGCAUUUAUUAAUGCUGUCAGUUCCCCCAUAUUUUAUCCUGCCCUUGUUGAUUUUUAAUUGUAUUUGUUGGUGUUGGUUGUCGUUAUAGUCCUCGCCGCAUAAACUCUGUUCAAUAUCA